GAAUUCGAGAUUCUUUUUUUUUUGACAAAAGACUCAAAUCCAAUCUCAAAUGAAGUGACACAUUGUUAACGAAUAAUACUUUAGAAUUAUUCUAAUUCUAGUACUACAAAUUAAACUAUAUGCAUUUUGCCUUCGCUCAAAGUCAAAGGCAAUGGCAAACUGUCACAGAAGUUAAAGAAUUCCGUUCAUCCCAGGAAACUUUUUCAUUUUGAAUUUAGACAGAACAAGCAAGCGUUGGUUAUUUUUGCCCUUCUACGCACCACGAUUUAUUACCGUCCCACCUGUCUCAUUUGCUAUCUCUCAAGGUAUGUUUUGGUAAGAGAGAGAGAGUUCAUGAAAUUGUCUCCCACUUUUAUCAACCCAAAAAUGGAGAAGACGAAAAGCAACAAAAAACCUCAGAGAUUCAUUGUCAAUCUCAAGAACCUUCCUCCUAUCGAUCCUUCAAUCAUCAUCCCACUCUAUCAGGAUAAAUAUGAGAACGCCAGUUCCAGAAAUGAACCUAAUGUACCGAGGCCAGGCUCCAAAGAAGGAACAAAGCUGUUAGAAUUUGAUCAGGUACCCAGAAAAGCAGGCAUGGCUGACAGAAAUUUAAGACAGAAUAUGGAGGUCGAGGAAGACUUUUGUUUAUCUUCAACCAAGUUAAUAGACCCCAACAGCACCAAGGACUUCAACUUCAACAAGGAGAAUGAGAUUUGCCAUAGUAACUUUGCUGUUGAAGAUGCUUUGAAAACGGCAUCAGCCAAAUCACAGUUGUAUGAGAUAUGUUCUGCAAACAAAUGGAACUUUCCAUUGUAUGAAUGCUGCAAGGAGGAAGGCCCUUCCCAUAGGAAAUUAUUCACUUUCAAGGUUGUUGUUGAGAUAAAAGAAGCAUCGACGACUACGAUUUUGGAGUGCUUUAGUGAUCCUCAUUCGAAGAAGAAAAUGGCAGCAGAUCAUGCAGCUGAAGGGGCUUUGUGGUACUUGGAACAUGUUGGGCAUUUUCCUCCCAUCAAGCGGUCAAAAGCCUCUUGAUUCGUAGGAUCAGCAAAAUCACACCAGCGGUUGUUUCUUUCCUUUUCUAAUAGAAGGUAAUUACAGGGAAUCUUCAACUUGUGCCUAUUUCUCUUUUGAUCAAGGGGAUUUAGGGGAAUGGGGAUGGCUGGGAUCCAAUCCGUGCCUUCUUUAGUCUCAACGAUCCGAAUGUCUUAUUAUUUCUCAUUUUUAGUAAUAAUACAUUGCUUAAAGCAUUGUAAAAUGCAUGUAAAUCAUUAUAAAUCUUUCAUGUAAACAAACAAAAAGGGAAAUAAAAGA